AUGAAUAAUUCUAAAUCAAUUUUAGAAAAAUUUGAUGAUAUUUUAUAUGUAAAAACGUGUAAACAAUAUGAAGAUAUUGAAAAAAGAAUGUCCAGAAAAUAUGUAGAAGAUAUAAAAGAAAUUAGAAAUGUAAUAGAAAAACCAUUUGAUAUUAAUUUAGAUUGUAAAAAGUUAAUAAAUGGAGAUAUGGAUUAUAUUAAUAAGGUUAAGAAUAAUCGUAUAAUUUAUGAAAAUAAAAAUUUAUCUAUGGAUUGUUCUUCUAUUUAUAGUAGAGGAUUUAAUAUAAAUGAAAGUUUAAGUGAAAUUGAAAAAAAAUAUUCAUUAGCAUUUGCUUUUAAUAUAUAUAAAAAUUAUGAGGUAAUUGAAUUAAAACUAUUAUCAAUUUAUUCACCUAAUAAUCAUUAUUGUUAUAUGAUUGAUUUAAAAAAUCCAAAAUUAUAUGAUGAAAUGAUUCAACUAGAGAAAUGUCUUCCAAAUGUUUAUGUUCCCAGAGUUCAAUAUGAUAUGAAAUCUAAUGGAGAAAAUGGAAGUUUAUCACAUUAUGAAUGUAUGAAAAGAUUAGUUAAAACUAAAUUUGAUUAUAUUUUUUUAUUACAAAAUGAUGAGAUGCCUAUAAAAACAAAUAGAGAAUUAAUUGAAAUUUUAGAAACCAUGAAUUUUGCUAUGGAUAUGAGAAUUGCAAUUGAUGAUGAAGUUAUUGAUUCACGAGUUGAUAAAACCAAAUCAUGGACAUAUAAAGAUCUAAACAUAUUUUUAGACGAUGAUAUAAGAAAGACAAAUUUAUCAAUUAUGGAACAAAAAAUUGAAUUUACAAAUGGUUUAGUUUCAACUGGUUUACCAAAAGAAGCUGUAGAAUAUCUGGUAAAUAAAUUAAAUAUAACAACAUUUUUAAAUCAAUUAAAUACAAAUUUAUAUGGUAAUGAUGAAUUAACAUGGCAAACAUUACUAACAAAUGAAAUUUUAAAUGUUCCUGGUUAUAUACCUAAAAAAUAUGCUUUAAAUUAUUUUCUUCGACCAUAUUAUUUAUCAAGAUUAGUUUUAUGGGGUGGAGAACCUUGUUUAACAAAUACUUUUCAUCAUAGUAUCUGCUUAUGGGGAGUAGAAUCAUUGACAGAUCUUAAAAAUAGAAAUCAUUUUUUUUUGUAUAGAUUUAAAGAAGAAUUUGAUUUUGGAGCACUAAAAUGUUAUGCAGAAUAUUUAUAUAAUAAAACUCACUUUGAAAAAUAUAAAAGACCUGAUUUGUGGUUUUAUUACAAUAGUCCUUUAAGUAUUUAUAAAAGAUUAAGUUUAAAAAAUGAUAUUAAUUUGAUAAAAAAUUACAAACAAUGGUUGUAA